CCAGCCUUAUGAGGCGUGUGUCAAACACAGUCAUCUACUACUACUUUCUUCCACUCUUUGCCUACUUAGUUAUUUACAAGUCACUAUUUUCUGUCAAACAAAAAAACCAUGGCUUCAAACCAAGCAAAUACUCAACAAGAAUCCAAGUUUACUCUCCCUAUGAAUGACUUGGAGCAACAAGUAAUCCUAGAACAGGAAGUAGCUGAGAAGGAUUUCGACUAUUCGAAACGAUCCCAAUGGCUCAGAGCAGCUGUUCUUGGAGCCAAUGAUGGAUUAGUAUCCACAGCAUCAUUGAUGAUGGGGAUUGGAGCUGUGAAAAAAGACAUUAAGGUCAUGAUCUUGACCGGAUUCGCCGGUCUAGUGGCCGGAGCUUGUUCUAUGGCCAUCGGAGAAUUUGUCUCCGUUUAUUCUCAACUUGACAUAGAAGUGGCUCAAAUGAAAAGGGAAAAGAGAAGAAACGCUAACAGAGAAAAAGAAGAAGCUGAUGAUGAGAAAGAGAGCUUGCCAAAUCCAGCACAAGCAGCAGCAGCAUCAGCACUUGCAUUCUCAGUAGGUGCAAUGGUGCCAUUAUUAGCAGCAUCAUUUAUUAGGGAUUACAAAGUGAGAAUUGGAGUUGUUGUUGCAGCUGUGACCUUAGCUUUAAUGGUGUUUGGAUGGUUAGGAGCUGCUUUAGGGAAGGCACCAGUAGUCAAGUCCUCAGCUAGGGUUUUGUUUGGAGGUUGGUUGGCUAUGGCCAUAACUUUUGGCUUAACAAAAUUGAUUGGUUCUAGUGGCCUCUAAACUCUAUAUUACAAUUUGUGGCAUAAUGCUUUAAUUUCUCAAAAGCCACUCUUAUCUAUUUUUACUUUAUUUUCUUCUUCGUGCUAUAAAUUUUGUUAUAGCUAGGUUAUAUAUAGUGGUCUAUGUAAUCCAAAUAUUUGUAUCACCCUCAUGCUCCGAUUAACCGUAUGCAUGCAUUAUAUCAUUGUAUCAUAAUAAGAUUCCAACCCUUCUAUUAAGAUCUUUGUUUCGUUC